CAAAACCUGUCAAAAUUCUGAAUAUGGGAUCCCGCAGACAUGUAACGCAAAGGAGACAGCUGACGGGUAAGCACGCAACUGAGACGAGCCCCGAAAAGGGAACUCGGUGCGAUUACGGCAGCUGCAGGGGAGCUGUUUCUGGCUUACCGGAGGAGACCACGGCGUAACCAGCGGGUUUGUCUCCCCGCGGCGCCGUUAAACCUGCCGCAGCUUCCCUGCCGCCUCCGGGUCUAAACGAAAAGACACGACGGUGACAGCGCAAACGUGGCAAGACGCACAAGGCAACGUUACAAACGCAGGUUCCCCCGCCCAGCGCCGUUUUGGGCGCCCGCUGCAGGGACGGAGCGCAGCGACCGCGACUCCCGCAUCGCCCGGCUGCUGCCGGUCCCCCGCGGCUCACCCGCGCCCCGGACGAGCGGGCGCUUUUCCCAACAGCUGGAAGAAGAGGAGGAAGCGGAAGAGGAAGCGCCGCCACCGGGCCCCGGCCGCCCUCCGCGGCGGUGGGCGGAGCGGAGGGGAGGGGAGCGGGGCAGGCCGGGCCGGGGCCGGCCAUGCCGGGGGUGCUGGUCGCCGCCUGGGCCUUGCUGGCAGCCGCCUUCCUGGCGGCGCUGCUGCUGCUGCUGCUGCUGCUGCGGCGGGCUCCGGUGCGGCGGCCUGGCCACGGCGACGGCUUUUCCGGCGUCGUCUCCGGCCUCUUCCAGGAUCUCAUCCGCUACGGGAAGACGAAGCGCGGCUGCGGGCAGCGCCCGGCCUGGCUGCGCCUCCUCCAGGUGCCCAAGAGGUGGUUUACUCACUUUUAUGUGGUUUCUGUGCUCUGGAAUGGCUUUCUGCUGAUCUGGCUUUUCCGAGCUGAGUUCCUCGGAGGGUCACUCCCAUCAUGCAUUCAGUAUGUGCACCGUGUUCUUGGCAGAGAUUCUCAGAGUGAGGACACAGCAGAUAGUGAGCACUUCUCUGCGCUCCUGGUUCUUCUGCUGCUUUGGCUGCAUAGCUGUCGAAGACUUGCAGAAUGCCUUUGGACCAGUGUCUUUUCCAACGGCGUCAUUCAUAUCGUGCAGUAUUGCUUUGGACUUGCUUACUACAUUACCAUUGGCUCAACUGUACUAUGUCAAGUGCCUACUAACGUCAGGAAUGGAAAAGAGCUUUCUGUGCAGAUCUGCUGGUAUCACAUUGUAGGAGUUACGAUGUACAUUUGGGCCUCUCUUCACCAACACAAAUGUCUUGUGAUUCUAGCGAAUCUUAGAAAAAGUAAAUCGGGAAAGGUCAUAAGUCUGAGCCACAGUGUACCUUUCGGAGACUGGUUUGAGAGAGUUUCUUGCCCUCAUUAUUUUGCAGAGCUCCUCAUAUAUGUAUCUAUGGCCAUCGUGCUUGGAUUUCACAAUGUGACGUGGUGGUGUGUAGUGAUGUAUGUUCUUUUUAACCAGGCACUGGCUGCUGUUUUGUGUCAUGAGUUCUAUCAGAAAAACUUCAGCUCCUACCCAAAGCAUCGAAAAGCAUUUAUACCCUUUGUUUUUUAGAAUAUUUCUUCUAAAGUAUCUUUAAUGCAAACUGGGAAGUGUUUUCUAUAAGGGAAUAAGAGAUUUACGGUUUAUUAAAGCCAAGGUAAAAUCUCACAUUUUCUUUAAUUCUACCUUAAAAGCUCAUAAUGAUAAUCUCAUCCAUGUUAACAAGUUACAUAGGGAAAUGUAAGGUCUCUGCGUAUCAUAGAAGCUAAACAAAGGUUUACUGAAGACCUCAGUUCAAACUGAAGAGAUGCUAAUUAGCUUUUUUCUGUUUUAUAAUUAUGCCUAAAACACUUGCUGUUGUGCAGCAAGCCCAAAUACAUAUAUGUGAAAACUCCUUAGUGAAGGGAGGGUGCAGGGAAUCAUUUGAACUACUGUAUUUCAUGCCUUGUCUAACAUUUAAGCACAUUUUUUCCUACUCUCUUUUCUUUGGAUCACUUCAGAGGGAGGCAGAUUGUGUAUUGUCUUUCUGUGCUUCCCUGUUGAUAAUUAAAACCAGCCACUGCUUUAUAAAUGCAAGCACAAAAACCGGUGGAGAAGGCUGCGGUGGAGGAAUGACUCAUACUCAGCAGUGGAGAUAAACAGGCCUAUUCUCUGCAUUAUCUCUUCUGCACCAAAGUGGAUUCGCUCAUUGAUGAAAACUCCUUGUUUAUUCCUAAACUGGGAAGAUCAUGGAAGGUUCUCUGUCUAGAGAGACAGUAGGAGAGAAUUUCAAGAAAAUUAACAUUCUUGGUUAUGAUUCUGUUGUCCUUAUAGCGGGUUAUUGGAAUCUGUUGUGUGUUAGAGGGGGCAGUUACGCUGGAUGACUGUAACGAGGACUACAGUGGUUUUUAAACAGCCUGUCAGAGUAGAUGUAACGAACUGCCAAGGCAGAGAACACACAGCAACUGGUACCUGACAAGCAUUGCAAAGGAAUUCUUUACUGGGGAGAUGAUGGCACUCAGCACAGAGGGGUUUUGCACUUAACUAUUGAAUAUUUUGGUUCUUUUCAUGAUACUGGAGUGAAUGAUCAGAUUGCAUGAUACAGCAUAUGGAUGCUGGUGUUUCAGUGUGUUUUCUACUUAUGUACAUAUAUUAUUUUGUAUAUGAGAACUUUUAUAUACUGAAUUAUAUCUUAUGAAUUAUCUAAUUAAAACAAUUUAUUACA